UUCUCUCCGCAUUAAUUUCCCUCUACCGCCUGCCAUGCAACUUUACACUUUCCUCUCCAGCUAGGAGUUUGCUAAAUACGCUGAGUCCACUGUAUUGUUUCCCCCAACUAAAACAUGCCAUGUGUCCAGAGAAGCUGGAUUGCAAACUUUUCCUUUUGGGUUCAGUUCCUUCACAUUCCAGUGCUCUGCUAUGGUAGAAAUCCUCCACCGGGCAGAUUUUUCUAUCCAGACAAGAAGCAAGAGCACUUUAUCAAGGCGCUGCAAGAAUACCACGUGGUUGGACCUACAAAAGUAGAUGUGAAUGGGUGUUUUCUCUCCUACAAUUUGCAGCAUCAUACUUCAAGUGCCAGGAGAAAAAGAGACCUCAGUCAAAAGGAAAAUUUUGUAUAUUAUAAAAUUAGCCACAAGGAGAAGAACCUGUUUUUUAACUUGACUGUUAAUGAAGAAUUUCUUUCCAAUAACUAUGUACUGGAAAGGAGAUAUGGGAACUACACUGGUGCAAAAGUUGUGCCUCGCUCAGGAACUUCAUGUCACUUUAUUGGCGUGGUACUGCAUCCAGACGAUGGACAUGGGACUGCAGUGAUCAGCACUUGUAAUGGCCUGACGGGAUAUUUCCACCUGCCACAUGAGGACUACUUCAUUGAGCCUGUUCAAAAGUAUCCAGUGACAGAAGGAACACCUCACCUACACAUCAUCUAUAGAGCACAUGUCCCUCAAAAUGCUGAAAGGCAGCGACGGGAGCCCGUAUUGGGAAAGGAAGGAGCUUGUGGAUUGAACGAUACUUUCAGCUUUUUCAAACACCAAGAGCAUCGGAGGGAGAGGUGGGAAGGAAACCAUGUGGCAGCCAAAACUCUCUCUCGGCGCUCUGUCAGCAAGGAGCGAUGGGUGGAGACACUUGUAGUUGCAGACAGUAAGAUGAUUGAAUACCAUGGAAGUGACAAUGUGGAAUCCUACAUCCUCACUAUAAUGAAUAUGGUCACAGGGUUAUUCCAUGAUCCAAGCAUUGGCAAUGCAAUCCACAUCGUGCUGGUUCGGCUUAUUCUUCUUGAGGAGGAAGAGCAAGGUUUGAAAAUUGUUCAUCAUGCAGAUAAGACAUUAGCCAGCUUCUGUAAAUGGCAGAAGAGCAUCAACCCUAAAAGUGAUGUCAACCCUAUACACCAUGAUGUGGCCGUCCUUAUAACUAGGAAGGACAUUUGUGCUGGCAUGAAUCGUCCCUGUGAAACCUUGGGUUUGUCUCAUCUGUCUGGUAUGUGUCAACCUCACCGGAGCUGUAAUAUUAAUGAAGAUUCUGGAUUGCCCUUGGCAUUCACUAUUGCACAUGAACUUGGACACAGUUUUGGUAUCCAGCAUGAUGGAAAAGAUAAUGACUGUGAGCCUGUUGGAAAGCGUCCAUACAUCAUGUCCCGGCAGCUACAGUAUGACCCUUCUCCACUUACCUGGUCACAGUGCAGCAAGGAAUACAUCACCCGUUUCCUAGACCGAGGGUGGGGAUUCUGCCUGGAUGAUAUCCCAAAGAAGAAGAUUUUAAAAUCCCCUCUCAUUGCCCCUGGUGUUAUCUAUGAUGUACAUCAUCAGUGCCAGCUGCAGUAUGGUCCCAAUGCUACUUUCUGUGAAGAGGUGGAUAAUAUCUGCCAGACACUCUGGUGUUCUGUGAAAGGUUCUUGCCGAUCAAAACUAGAUGCUGCUGCAGAUGGAACCAGAUGUGGAGAAAACAAGUGGUGCUUCACCCGUGAGUGUAUUACAGUGGGCAAGAAUCCAGAAGCAAUUAACGGCGGAUGGGGUACUUGGUCCUCCUGGUCCCAUUGUACAAGGACAUGUGGAGCAGGAGUUCAGAGUUCAGAGAGACAAUGCAGUAACCCAGAGCCACAGUUUGGAGGAAAGUACUGCACGGGAGAAAGGAAACGCUAUCGCAUGUGUAACAUUAGCCCUUGUCAGGGAGGCAUGCCAACCUUUCGUCAGAUGCAAUGCAGUGAGUUUGACACAGUUCCCUACAAGAAUGAAUUGUACCAGUGGAUUCCAAUUUAUACCACAGCUAAUCCUUGUGAGCUCCACUGCCGUCCUGUGGAUGCUCAAUUUUCACAGAAAAUGCUGGAUGCAGUUCUUGAUGGUACUCCUUGCUUUGAAGGAAACAACGGCCGAGAUAUCUGUAUUAAUGGCAUGUGUAAGACUGUUGGCUGUGAUUAUGAGAUAAAUUCUAAUGCAACUGAAGAUCAAUGUGGAGUUUGCCUGGGAGAUGGCUCUGCUUGUCAGACAGUGACGAUGAUGUUCAAUCAAAGUGAAGGAGUAGGUUAUGUUGACAUUGGGCUGAUUCCAAAAGGUGCAAGGGACAUCAGGGUCAUAGAAGUGACAGAAACAGAAAAUUUCCUUGCAGUACGGAGUGAAGACCCAGAAAAGUAUUACCUAAAUGGGGGUUUUAUUAUCCAGUGGAGUGGAGAGUACAAAGUAGCAGGAACAGUAUUUUUAUAUGCGAGAAAAGGAGAUCUAGAAAAUCUGACUGCAUCUGGACCCACCAAUGAGUCCGUGUGGAUACAGCUACUCUUUCAGGAGAAUAACCCUGGCAUAAAGUAUGAAUACACUAUACGUAAAGAAGGAAGCCAUGAGAAUGACAUAGGUGAGCCAGAAUUUUUUUGGCAAUAUGGAGACUGGACUGAUUGCAGCGUAACCUGUGGAAGAGGUAUUAGGCGACAGAUUGCCCACUGUGUGAGAAAGGGGAGUGGUGUGAUCAAAAACACGUUCUGUGACCCAGAGAUGCAACCAAAUGGACGACAAAAGAAAUGCAGUGAAAAGGAUUGUCCACCCAGGUGGUGGGCAGGAGAAUGGCAGAAGUGUUCAACCACAUGUGGCCCAACAGGACAGAAGAAGCGAACUGUCCUUUGCAUCCAAACUGUGGGAUCUGAUGAGCAGGCUCUGGCUGCUACUGAAUGCCAGCAUCUGCUUAAGCCAAAGAUUCACGUUUCAUGCAAUAGAGAUGUCCUAUGCCCAUCUGACUGGACAGUGAGCAACUGGACUGAGUGCACUGUUUCUUGCGGUGGUGGGGUACGGACUCGUAACAUUACUUGUGCUAAAAACAAUGACGAGCCAUGUGAUAUUUCAAAAAGACCAAAUUCUAAGGCCCUGUGUGGACUCCAGCAAUGUCCUGCUAGAAAGUUGAUGAUAUCCCCACUAACACCCGAAAGAGGAAAGAUCCUAAUCAGAAAAACAGCUGGUAAUCCCAGAAGAGGCCCACCAGGCAGAAAAACCAUCCCUAAACCACGUCCAAGAGUCCAGGUGACAACAAAAGCACCUGAGACCAGAAGCACACUCACCCUGGCACCUACAUCUGCCAUUCCUGUCAACUCUUCUAAAGCCAUGGACGACAUGGAAAUAAAAAUGUCCCAGAACACUUCUACCAGAUCAGAUGACGAUUAUAAUCCGCCCUCUGUGUUUAAUGGGAGCAGCUCACACCAAAAUAGCACUUUCUGUCCUAUAAGUAAUAGCUCAAAAAGUGAAAAUAUAAGGGAUGCCAAAAAUAUCUCUAAUACAAAACCAAGCACUACUUCAGAAGGGAUCAUGGUACCAAGAGGAGUGACCAGUCAUUCCUUCUCAUUUACUGGAAGUCCAGGAGUUACUCCAGGCUAUGAUUACUUAACCGAGGAAUCAGAUGAUACUGACUGGUCAGUAGGAGGAAGUGAAAAACCUACUGCCAUUCCUGACACCAUAAGCAACCCAGCAAUCAAAACAGAGAGCACAAGACCAAAAGCCAGCUCCGAUAUAAUAAAAAAUGAGAGUCAAACCCCCAAAGUCUCACCAACAUUUAUUCAAUAUGAAUCUUCUACACCAUCUUCCAGCAGCAUAGUAGCAGAAACAAUGGCACCUUUAACAACAGCAAACCCCCGAAACAUCAGUGUACAGAUAGAUACACCUGUUACAAAUAUGGCCCCCACAGAAGGAUCUGUCACAAUAAAGCCAAUGGUGUUUGGUGACAUAUUAAGGAAACAGAAUAAUAAUAGAAUGGAAAUGGAACACACUGACAAGAUAACUUACACUCAGAGUACAAGAUCUCCAAGUCUUGGAGGUGCUCCAAAGAAUCAAAGUAUAAUUUCAGAGGAAAUUUGUCCAGAUACUACAGAACUAGACCAUCCAACAGUGUCCAACAGAUUGGGGAGUGGUGGCUACUGGAUUGUGGGGAACUGGAGUGAGUGUUCUACCACCUGCGGUCUGGGGGCUUUUUGGAGACACGUGGAAUGUAGCAGUAAGAAUGAGUCUGACUGUCAACAUGUUAAAAAACCUGACCCUGCAAGAAGAUGUUAUCUCCGCCCAUGUGCUAACUGGAAAACAGGAAACUGGAGUAAGUGCUCUACAAAUUGUGGUGGUGGUUUCAGGACCCGUGAUAUUCAGUGCACAGAUGUUCAUGAUAAGCGAGUUCUAAGGCCUUUUCAUUGCCAAUUAGUAGGACAUAAACCACAGCUGAACAUCCGUUGUAAUACAGAGCCCUGCAUGGAGUGGCGUGCGGAGCCCUGGAAUGAGUGUUCAAGAACAUGUGGUGGAGGCUGGCAAGAAAGACAUGUUUACUGCCCAGUUGAGGACUACUGUGACUGGAUGAAAAGGCCCAACUCCACUGCGCCUUGCAGAGAGCAACCUUGUACACAGUGGGUUAACGGGACGUGGAAUUCAUGCACCGUGUCCUGUGGAGGAGGUAUUCAGCAAAGAGCAGUAAUGUGUGUCAAUACAGAAAACUAUGCUACUGAAAAUCAAAGUAUGUGUGAGCAUGAGCCCAAGCCUCCAGAAUCUCAGAAAUGCAAUCUCCUGGAGUGCAAGAAAAGUCCAGGCCUACUUUGCAACAAGGACAACAUGUCAGUUCAUUUCUGCCAAAAAUUAAAAGAGAUUGGCAAAUGUUUGAUACCAUCCAUACAGACUCAGUGCUGCUUCACAUGCAGCCAGACCCAAAUUGCUAAUAAAACAAGACAGGGGAAGCAGCCAGAAGACCUGAAAGAACAACACUACGCUAAACCUAGAAGAAAAUCAGCUCUAAUCAAAAAAAGGAACAGCCGACCUGUUGGGCACUAGCUGUUUGGAAUGUGAUGCAUUUAAUCAAGGCUUCUGUUUCCAGGUGUUUUUUCUCUUUUUGAUCCAUCCAGUUCAAAUAGAAAACUGGGAUUAAAAGGAAACAUACAUUUUUAGGGCAAUCUAUUCCAAUUUAUUCCUUCAAUCUUUCCUUUAUGAGAGUCGCAAAUUAAUCAUGAAUGAUUUAUAAUCCCUGUUUGUUCCUGGAUCAUCCUAUGCAUGCAGGUAUUACAGGUCAGGAACACGCUUACUGGAAUUUUUUGUCUUCAAAUGAAUGUAAUGCUUUUUGUUUUUCUCCAUUGGCAAAAAAAGAAUGAAAUUUAGUCUCCCAAAGCAGCUUAAAAUAUCAGCUGAUACUAGUAUGUGUCGCAGUUGGGUCCAAGAGCCUCAAAUGCUCAACAAAUAUUACUUAACAGUGCAAAAUGAUCCUCUUUAAUCUAUAACAAAGAUCUCUACCACAUAUUCCACACUCUGAAUCAGUUAUUUCUGUUGGUGUCACUCUGUAAUGCCGAAGUGGUGGAAAAAGUUAUUACAGCUCUCUCAAAGUCAGCUGAGGCCCUUAGUUUUGUGGGUUUUUUUAAAAUAUCUGUUUGAGCCAACUGUGUUUAUUUAAAUUGCUUCUUCACUGUUGUCCUUUUGAAAGGCUGAUAACACAAAAAUACCAUCAUCCUCUUAACACAGUUGGUUAUGAACUUGUAUUUGUAGACUGGAUUUAAUUAUCAAAUUAUAUUAAACAAAAAAGUGCUUGAUACUUAACUGCUUAAAAGAUAUCUCAUAAAUACUUAGUUCUAGGCAGGAAUCUAUUGAUGCAAAUAUAUUAGCUAAUAUGUAACAUGUAUGAAUCUGUUAAUCAAGAUAAUGGGCCUGAUCUGGCACUAUUGAACCAAAUGAUGAACCUGAUUUGGGUGAGAACUACAUUGGGUCUCUUGAAUUAUGCAAGGGUUUGGUGCUCAAGUUCCAUUACAGUUCAACAGGAGUUGAACACACCUCAGCUCUUCAAGGGAGCAUGCAAUUCUCCAGCCUACCCUGAAGUGUCCUAAAGAGUUUCAGAAUGUGUUGUAUAAGGACUUCUUGGUUUAAUGCAGCUGUAAGAUAGAAUACACAGCCAAGAAUGGAAGUGCUGCUCUGGAAAAAGGGGUAGGAAUGUAAAUAGUCAUACUUGUAGGCUGACAUUGUAAACCUGAUUCAGUGUGCUAAUUAAGGCUUGUUACUGGAACCAUGUAGGUAAGCACAGCCACUCACCUGCAUGGGACCAUUUGUGACUUCCAGCCAAGGGCUUUGUUCUUCACUUUAAGUCUUGUGUGACAUUGUGUGAGAUAUCAGGCCUCUUCAUUUGUGCAAGGCAGUUUAAACCCCAUUGCAGCUAAUGGUUUAUGACACUUUAAAACAGCUGUUAAAAAUGGUGCUAACCCCAUCCAGUAUGGCUGGAUGACAGCUACAGUGCUGUAUAGGGUGUAUAUUCAUGUGCAUGUGCAUAACCUGUAGCACAUACAUUUCUAAAACUAUCCUUUCUGUGGUGUUACUGGACAGUGCUAGGUCUCUUGCUUAUUAUAUAGAGUGAUUUGCUUUAAAAAUGGUUUGCUUUUAUCUUUCAAAAUCUUGAAGAAUGAGUGUUACACUGAGAAAUAAAAUUGAAACUCAUUCGUAUUAUUUGUGUACAAAAUUAUUAAAUAAAAUAAGAGGCUAGAAGUGGUGCUUGUUUGGCUUGGGGAAUGGUUUCACAGGGUUUUCCGAUGCAGCUGUUUUCUCAAGCAGAGACUAUGCAGCCAAGUCCUAUGCAAUUCCUUGAGGGCCAACAGCUAACCCACUUAUGUCAAUAUAAAUUGUAUUUGCUGUCCAGCAGCAUCUCUCAGGAACUGGGACUGAAAAAUUAAAGAGAUUUGCUUCUCCACUGAAUCCUUUAGGCUCAGAGUGACCUAGGGCAUUUUGCCCACAUGGAACAAAAUGGGCUAGUAGACUCAUACCUGGGCCGCUCAUACAGGAGACUGACCAAAUGAGCAAAGUGGAAGCAUGAAUAUAUGAUACCCAGCUGGGAUCUCCUAUGCUCACUACAGCCAGGAUGGAGUAAAUAGCAUUUCCAGCUUCAUUAUUUUCUUCAGGGAAACGUGUUUUAUUUAAACUUGUUGGAUGUGAAUUGGUGACAGGUCAUGAACAUUAAUCAAAUGAUCUUCACUACUUAGAGGGCCAAAGAGUAGUAUUACCACAGCUGGUGCUAAGCUUAAAACUUUUUUAAAAGACUGUGACAAGCCUUUGUACUCCCACAAUGCAAUAUAUUAUUCUGUUCUGCAGGUUCUUAUACUGAAUUCAUCACCUCUGUGCCUACAAUAUACUGACUGCAUCUGCAACUGACUGCCUUGAUCAGUUUAGCAAGUUUCUGUUUUUAUAAAAUUAAUCUUUUAAAUAAAACUGGGAUUGUGGCCUUAGUUCUAAUGAUUACUAACCUCAAAAUUGAAUUAACUGCAGCCUACAUGCACAGUGUAAUCAUGUUACUUUCUUAUUCAGAGUCUUGUCUGAAUCCAUAUGUUGCUCUACAGUUCUCUUUGCCCAGUAUCUGCCCUACCUAUCCUAACACUUAACUGCUUAAAAGGCAAAUAUUAACAGUUUAUUUUUUACAUUUCA